GUCGAGACAGAACAUGAUACAUCAUAACCUCACAAUUAUUCUAUCUUUAGAUUUUCAGCUUGAACUUUUUUUUCAAAAACUAAAACUGUUUCAAAACAAAUUUUUCACAUGAAUUUUUGAAUUAGUAUAUCAAAUUUUACCAAAAAUGAAUAUCGCCCGUUUAAAUCGGAACCUGACAUCUCGUAUUUUAACAAAAUCAAGAAGUUUGGCGACAACCGCAGUAACAGCACCUCAACAAGAAGAUGAUGAAUACAGUGCCACCCCGCAAUACCCACCAAUUUUGGAUCUUUCAGUAGAGAAAAAACUCGAAAGAAAACGAGCUACAAAAUCUGAUGAAAUUAGAAAUGCUAAAACCGUCGAGGAAAAGCAACUUAAAAUUAAUAUGCCUAGAUACUACGGUUUUAAAAGUUUCAUGUUCAUUGAAGAACGUAUCCCUUAUAACAGUUUAUCACUGGCUCAACAUGUAACAAGAACACAUUUAAUUAAAACUAAAGAUUUACCAGAGUAUUACCAAAACAUUAAUGUAGAAGAUUUAGAAAUCAUAUCAAAAGAUGUCCAGGAAACAUUAUUAAUGGAAAUUGAUGGAAUUCAAAGACAACAUCAUCUGAAAAAUGCAGAUUUCACCGAUGUCCAAAAAGAAAACUAUUUGGGUUCUAGCAUUGUGAAAAGCAUUAACAGAGCUUUGAAUAAUGUUCUGGUUCAUAAAUAUCCCCAUAUUAAAAGUGAACUUUUUGCAGACCAGGAGAAACUAAAAGGAUUAAGAGGCACUGGCUAUAGUAUCUCCAACGACCUGUGUGAGGAGGACAGAAAGGAGCUAAAUAAACUUAGAGAAUACUUGAAAAAAGCUAGAGAAGAAAACAAGCAGGCCAAAAUUAAGGGAUUAAAGCUGGAAAUCGAAGGAAAAAUUUAUACAUCUAAGGAGCUCAAAGAAUUAUAUUCAGAACCGGAAAGCAGUGAAGACAGUUCCUCUGAAUCAUCAGGACAGGAAGAAGAGGUCGAAGAAAUUCGUAGAGGAUUAUCAGAAGCCGAAGAAGAUUUUGGUGGUAUGGAUCCAGACGAAAGCAUUAAAAAAAUGAGAGGAGGACACGAGUUUCUGAAACAAUUCAAAAAUGAUCCAGUGGAUAAAACAUUUUCCUAUGUAGGAUCUCCAAGUUUAACAAUAAGAGCUGAAUUACCGUUGCCCUAUGUAUUGUCGCCUUCAGAAGCCGACAAUCCAUCAUUAGAUGUGCCAUUUUUUGAAUAUGAUCCUAGAGUUUUGGGUAUGGGGGUGGAGUAUAGGCAUGCAGCAAACAUACCUGGAUUUUGGCCAGGCGACUCUCAUACAUUUGGCCUAACUUCGUACCUUAAAACUGGCCACUUGUUAGAAAGGGUUAAACAUUUUCCAGACGAAAAUGAUACCAAGGAAGCAUCGCAUCAUCAAGCUAUAAUGUCUUCAUAUGCGUGGCUCCAUUCGCAAGCUAAUCAUUUAGGUUUUACAACUUUCAAUGACAUAACAUACCCAAUGGUUACUCAAACUGUGCUUACAAAUGGAAAGAACUUCCAAUUUUACAUUUAUCAGCUGAACACUAUUUUGUUACACUCAAAAAAUACCACAGAAAAUCCCAAAAGAAAUAUAUGCUGGGCUAGUGAUGAAUACAAAUUGUAUGAAGGUAUACAAGAAGGAAAACUAAUUGGAUUCAAUGAAGAAGUUUUGAAAAAUUUAGUUAAACUGUAUAGUAAUGCACCUAGUGAACGAUUGGGGGUUAAUUUGAGACCUUAUUUGAGUCAGGAAGAGAAAUUAGCAGCCGAUUAUGAGGAUGAAGAUAAAAGAAGAUGGUUAGAAAAAGAAUACAAAUUCCUUACCUCCAAUCGCCCAAGACUGAAAGAAUUAGAUGAGGUUUAUGCCUGGGAAAAAAUAUACAAAGUUGAUCACAAGACCAGACUUAUGGACAAGAAAAGGCGAUUCUUCGAACUCUUCGAGAAGCCAUGGACACGAACAUUGGAUGCUCGAUUACCAGAAUAUAUUCCCAGAGCGUUACGUCCAGAUUUACCUAGACAUAAGGGAAGGAGGGCUAAAGAAUAUUGGCCUUAGAAUGUGUGCAGUUUGUAAAAAAUAAUUUUAUUAAUAAACAAGAAUAAAAAAACAGAAUUACAUAAAAUUAAACAUUUUUUCAAAAUAGAACAAUACUUAGUAAAGGCACUAGCCUUGAUCCUAAGUUUAUUAAAAGAGUAAAGCUCAUGCGGUUAAUAUUAUUGAAGCUACAAUUACAAUUAAAUACUUAGCACAGGGUUUGUAGAAUUUUUUGUAAAUUGGCAAAAUCUAAUUCUAAAUUGACAAUUCCUGGUUUUUCUUCACUACUCAACUGAGAUUUUGGAAUCUUAACAAAACCAAUAUUCACUGAU